UCUGUUUGACUAAACAAUAAACACAAAAAUUGUUAUCGAAAUAAUUCUGCAUUUUUCUAUACAUAUGUACAUUGGGCCUGGAGGAAUUUUACAUCAGUUUUGGGUGCGUACCCCCACUUUGUUCCUGAUCAAAUAUAUAUCUAUACUUAAAAAAUCCAUGACAUAUUCAUCUGACCGCCGACCAGGUCAUUUAAUGCACUGUCAUGCCACAGGAAAAGUGUUUGGAAAAGGACCCUCGAGAAUUUCCAGGGAAUUAAAACAAAGUGUGCUGAUGAACCAGGAGCCAAACCAGGGACCACACACGCUGGCACAACAAAUUGUGUCAUGCAGGUCAAUAAAAAAUAUAUUGUCUGCAUAACAGUUGUUCGGUCCACAAUUUUCCUGUUCCGGUGGCCACAUUUGUGCGACAGUUCAGGUAAUCCACAAAAAAGGAUAACGAGGCAAUCCUGCGAUGGCAAUUAGCGCUGUGAUAGAGCAGGUCAUAAAAGACGCAGCUUAAUCCAGGACGACGAUUACCUAAUGCGGAAUGGAUGCGCUAAUCCCUUUGUUGACAGACCCAAAGCAAAUGGAUUUCCCUAUGUGGCUACCUGUGCCGCCUACCUACUGUGCAUAUAACGAGGAUAUCAAUCUGGAAGCCAAUCAUUCAGCAAGCGAUCGUCCAACGAGUCACAUCAUCACCACAUCUCUAUUGGAGUCACAUCAGCCAAACAUAACCAUGGAGAACUCAGCUAGCUAUACCCACAAGAAGUUUGCCGUCAGCAAGCGGAAACGGGAUGUGGACCACGACAAGGAGAACCUAACUCAGGAGUCGGAGCAGCCGAUCUUCAAACGCCGCCAGACACAGGGCUUCUUUCGACCCUGGUUGGAUAAUGAGCAAAACCAACAAAGGGAGAGGGAGACGUCACCGAUGGCCAAGCCCACUGGCCCCGGGUCCUCGGUCAGCCAGUACCGUGCCAACAUGGUUCGCCGUAGUCAGACCCAUCGCCAGCGAAGCCCCAAGGAGCAGAUGCGCCGGGAUCGAAACACCCUGGCCUGCCUCCUCAGCCGGCGGGCCAAGCAGGCCCAGGAGGAGCAAGUGGGUCAGCAGUACGAGCAGUACCGGAGCCACCAUGCCGCCAUGCUGGAGCAGCAGGUGCGCCUGAGCCUCUACUACCGCCACAUCCUCCAGCAGGCGGUGUUCCAGCGCGCCAUCAAUCCCGCACCAGGUCACAUCCUGCCGCAGCAGCAACAGCAGUUCCUCCAGCAGAUGGCCCUCUCCCAGCAGAUGCUCAUCUUUGGUGGUCAGCACUGUUGAGCUGCGAAGCAUCAUAAUCAGCGACUAUGGAUAGCCCAAUCAUGUGAUUUAGUUUAUUAAGCCUUAAUUAUUAAUAUUUAUU